GGCGCCCCGGAACACGCUUUUCAAUACACUGAGGAAAGAUAAACAAGUUAGUGAUGCGGCAAGGGGGGAAACCAGUGGCCUUCCUUUUGUUGCAAUAGAUACAACGAGGCAAGUAUGUUGUCUUUAGAUGCAUUAUCGUCACAGCAGGAGAUCUCAACGCAAGAUGCAGCCUGUGUAAUUAGUGGCGACGGUGUAUGUUUGGUCUGUAAUGUUGUCACGCUUUUUCACUCAUUUGUAAGCAGGCUGGAGACUCGGUGUUAACAUGUUGGAAAGUCCAUUUCCACCUUAGAAAAACAAAAGUUCAAAGAGCGAUUGAGAAAGUGAAGAAAGAAAAGAAAAGAUCUACUAUGUUUGCUAAUAGUAGUGAAAGUGUCUUAACCUCCUCGUUGGCUGUUUAACAAACUAUUUGGUGUUUCCUUAACAUACUUGUCAAUAGAACGUUUAAGUGUUUUCAAACUUGGCACAAAUCUGAACACAAGGCAGGGUUGAUUUCAUCGCGUCUCUUCUGAUUGCACAUCUUCAUGAAGGGAAUGAAAUGACAGUUGAGGCUCAGUGAUGUCAUCCACUUGAUGUACUCAGUCUCAGGGAUGAGCUCAUUUUUGGUCGCUGGCAUUCAUAUGGGUUUGGGAUUUCCCCGAGUGAUCUCUUUGUGUAUAGACAAACAUUGGAGAUACAGUCGUUCUUUGUACGGCUGUGACAUACAUCCAGGUUAACUUUAUGUAGUGGUUUUACUUUUCAAUAAAUGUGAACACUUGUGAAGAUUUCUUUUGACUUGAUGCAGACUUAUGAGCAAGACAUAUGGGAUUCUAAUUGGGGGUGACAUACUUUUUGUUUUUCUCACUGUGUGAUUUAUUUUAUCACUCGUGUAUGGUGAACGUUGUAUAGUGUUGUGAAGAUGAUUCAUUAGAACCAAGUAGAUGCAUCUAGCAGUAAAGAAAGACAGUAGGAUCUUGGACCAGGCUUUUCUGUUAUUACUAUUUUAGAGACAUGAUGUCCUCCACUUUGGUGGAGACUGUCUCCAUCAACUACGAGGACUUCAAUGACAGCUUCCUGACCUGUGGGACUUGCCUUUGCACCUACGACGGGCAGGACAGAACGCCAAAACUUCUUCCCUGUUCUCACACAGUCUGUCGAAACUGCUUGGAGAGAAUCAUCGCGGCCCAGACCCUGGAUACUGGUUCCUUCCGGUGCCCAAUAUGCCGAGAGAAUAUUCACAUACCGCAGGGAGGAGUCUCUGCCUUCCCACCUUCCUUCAUCGUCAACCAGCUUCUGGACCUUAUGGCCCAGCAAAGGAGAGACAUUAUCCCCAAGUGUUCGGCGCACCCAACCCAGGAGCUCCUCUUCUGUGAGACUUGUGACAUUGUUUUCUGCGUGCAGUGUGUUGAGGGCAAUCACAUUGGCCGAGGGGCGAGUGAACACACUGUCAUUCCAUUUGCUAUCGCCAUCAAAAGGAUGUCUGAGAUCCUUUUGUACAAAGCACAUCUGUGCAUUAAAAAUUUGAACUCGGCCUACGAGGCUGUUUCUGAAGAGCUGCGCCAGUUGGAGUUGUCUGUGGAUAAAACACUGGAUUCUAUCAAUAGGUCUUUUCAGGAUGUCAUGGCUGUGGUAGAGAAACGUCGACACGACUGCUUGCAGUGGGUCAGGAAAACAAGGGAGGAGAAGAAGACCAUUCUGAAAGAGCAGUUGGAUCUGAUCCAAGCUGAGAAAGAGAAAGUCCAGCUGGAGUGUGAUGGUCUUCAAUAUCAGGUGGAAGUUAGAAACAUCACCAAAAAAAUCAGUGACCUGAAUGAGAAACUGGACACUACCAGUACCUUGUCAGAGCCUCGAGAAAACUCCUUUAUGCAAUAUGAAUACAAGCAUAAUGAUGCACUUCGGGAAGUUGCCAAAGCCAUCAGCAAUUUUGGCACUCUUAGGGUUAGCACCACCUUUCCCGCCUUGACUACGGCAGAGAGCAAAAAGGCAACUGCACAUCUGAGAACCUCUGUCAAAAUUUUCACAGUGGACUACCAUGGUGUCCCAAGGUCAUCUGGAGGUGACCCCAUCUGUGUGGAUAUGCGAACUGAGAAGGGUGAAAGUGUGGACUGUAAGGUCAAGGACAAUGACGAUGGGUCCUAUGAAGUCUUGUAUUUGCCCACUCGACCCGGCAAACUGAAAAUGUCUGUCACAAUCUUCAACAGACCAAUCAAAGAUAACCCCCUUGUAAUAGAUGUUAGUGAACAUAUUGAGCCUAUAUGGAGAUUUGGGACUCGUGGGGCAGGGGAGGAUAAUUUGAAUCAACCGACUAGGAUAGCCGCAGGACCAGAAGAUGCUGUAUAUGUUCUAGACACAGGGAACAGUCGGAUAAAAAUACUAGGUAAAGAUGGCUCAGUUUUGAGACAUUUAGGUCCUUCAGGGGUAGAACACCAGAGUGCCACAGGGUUGAGUGUCACGACCAAUGGGGAAAUAGCUGUCAUCAAUUGGAGAUCUAAACUAGUCUCCAUCUUAGACCCAGUGGAGGGCUCCAUCAUCAAGCAAUACUCCUGCCCUGAGUUUAUAGACCCCAUCGACAUAGCUGUUAACUCGCGCAAUGAGGUUAUUGUAGCAGACAGCUCAGCACAUAAAAUAUUUAAAUUUGACCAGUCAGGAAAUUUGGUGUUGACGUUUGGUAGCCAAGGGGACAAGGAUGGUCAGUUUAAGGACAUUCAUGCUAUAUGUAUAGGUAAAAAUGAUGAAAUUUUAGUUGCUGACCACCGCAUACAAAUUUUUUCCAAAGACGGUAAAUAUUCUAGGAAGGUUGUGGACUCGGGUGAAGGCUCCUACGGAGGUAUUACAGUUGACACUGGGGGCAAUAUCUUAGCCACAAUUACAGAGAAAGCUUUCAAGUCAGAGAACAAAGGGGCUACCAAAGAUAAAGGUUCCUGCGGUGGACGCAGUUAUGUUCAUAUAUUUCACUCGAAUGGAAAGUUGUUGUACUCUAUAGACAGUAGCACCGAUAGGUUAAAACGACCCAAUGGCUUGGCCAUCAUCAGUGACUUCAGAGUUGUUGUUGCAGAUUUGGGAAACAAUUGUAUCAAGAAAUAUUACUAUAAAUAAAGCUUCAACUCUCAGUUGGUGAACAUACAGCAGACAGUACUCCACAAAGUGUGCAAUCUACAAUCUGAUCAACUAGGGCGACAAGGAGUCCAGUGGUGGGGACAAGCUGUGCAGAUUGAAUGUUUAGAAACAUUUUGUAUUAGCAGUUAACCUUAUUACUACUUGAUAUUGCUAAACCACACAAAGCUGAUUUGAAUAGCAAUCAUAGAAGUUGUUAGACGCUCUUUGCUCUUAUGUGAACAAGUUUUUUUGUUUUGUUUUGUACCCAAAGCCUUGUUAGACUUGAAGUUACACUUGUACACUAUGGCAACAGCUUGAGUUGUUUAUUAUCCAUGCACACAUUUUAUUCUCCUGUUGGGCUUGCUACCAAGCCAACAUUGGAUGAAUCUUAGAGGCAUGUGUUUAUGUCGCUGUUUGACAUUAUAUUCAAAGAAAUUUGCUUGUUAGUGCUUUCUUGGUCUUUUUUUUUUUCCCAUGAAGGGCAAUCCUUUUUUUCUUAUUUUGAAUGUUAGCUUCAGGGUCUACCAAAUUGUUCUUUUUAAUUGUCAAAGGUAUAUAUUUGAUAUACACCAGACAAAUAUAAAAGUGUUGUGUCCUUAAGGUAUGUUUAGUAUUAAAUAAUGUUUGAGUUGUUAAGUGCUUACUGUAUUGAAGUAUAGAGCUAAGAGAAAUGUGUACAAGGCCAUAUAUAUAUAUAUGUGUCUGUAAGCAUACAUUGAUGGGGUCUUCACACUCCAGUGAACCCAGGUGAUUUCUUUGUAUAAUUUGAGUUACAGGAUAAAGGUACACUCUGCAUAGCUAUGUGAAUCAGUAGUGGUUCAGAUUUGUAUUGAUACUGUAGUACAAACAUCUAACAAAAGAGUUUCCUAGCAUUGAUAUUGUGUAGAAUUAAAGCAUAGCAUUAGUUAGAACAUUUUCAUUAUAAAGCACUUUUUUUUUUUAUAACCUAUUCUUUGCUUGUUACUUGUAAGAACAAUAACUCUAUUUAAGUAGUUUGUGUGUGUGUUUUUUUUCAAACUAAUGUUGUUGUUUUUUACUUUUCAUCCAACUCAUGGAUUUAGUUAGUAAGUCAGGUCUUGGAGUAGUACUAAACCAACUCAGUGGGCUAGCCUAAUACAACUGGCUGGUUUUAGACAUUAGUAUGUUGUUGUUUUUUCUGACAAUCUGUGAAUAUCACUGGCUCUGUGUCUCUCUAAUUGGUCAUUAAGUAUUUUAAUGAAUGACAGCACAUCAAGAUUGCAUGUUGCUCAUAAUUAAUUGAAUCAUGUUUGCACAUAUCCACACCUUGAGGUAUAGCAUGUAGAUAGAAUUAUACAGGCAAUAGCACUCAGAAACUCAUGCAUCUUUAUAGUAUCAAGUUUUGUUUUGUUUUUAAAUAUAUAUUGAUGUUUUUUUUUUUAAUUUGAUUGAUGAAUUUUGAGCGAAGAUGUUUCCAUACAUAUCAGAUUGUCUCUUGGAAUAGAUGGUGUUUCUUUCAGCCCAGUGGUCCUGGGGUAGGGGCUUUGUGUCUAUUCAGAUAUUUGUAUGAAAUGAUGCUAGCUACAUUUUGGUCAAUUGUAAAUAAUAUUAUUGGAUUAUACACACACACACCAGAUGGGGACCUGAACACAUUUGUCUACUGUAUAAACUCUCUGGCACAGUUUGAGCAAGUUUCAUCUUAGAAUUCUUCUGUUGGAUUUAAAAGGGGCUUCAGUUGGACUAGAAGGGGGCUUUAGUUGGACUAGAAGGGGGCUUCAGUUGGACUAGAAGGGGGCUUCAGUUGGACUAAAAGGGGCUGCAGUUGGACUAGAAAGAGCUUCAGUUACUUUUUUGCUGUUACCUGAAUUGUUUAAUAUUUUCUUGUUAUAAAGGUCCUUUGGAAGGAUAAGAAAAAUGUCCAAACAUUUUUUAGCUUGGGGCACCCCUCAUACUUCAGGUACCGGUUGUUGGUUUAGUCUACUUUCAAACAAAGACAAUUUUUGUUUUAAAAAAGUUGUCACAUAUAUUACAAUUUAUUUUCUUCUAAAUUUAUUAAUGAUUAGAUUUGCAAAAAUCAUAAUAGUAAGUGGUGGGUUGGUAGAUCUACUAUCAACUUCUUUCAUUUCAUUAUAGUCUUGCAUAUAUGUAGAGUUUUGUUGGUACAUUGACAUUAAAUUGGAGCAUGUCAAAGCUAAUUCCCUUGAGUUCAAUUCCAAAAGUAUUCUACAAAGACAUUCACGCUGUCACUGAAUGAAAUUGAAGAAGCAAAUACUAUGUCUUUGUCCAACAUAGCUGAUCUUAUUCCCAACACCGUAGAGGAGAUUCUUCGGCUUUCAAGCUAGUGUCCAGCUUCCAGAGAUGCAGUCCAGUUUCUCCCUUCUUUUGAAUAUGCUCACAAGGGAUAUAAAUUACCUUCAGAUUUUCAAACAUUCUAUUUGCUAUCCUGUAGUAGAGGCAAGCUACUGAGACUUGAAGCUUGAGUCUUUUUGUUCUUUCUUAGGUGAAUGCCCUGAAUGUUUCGAUGGAGUUGUUUACAUGACCAAAUAAAAAACCAGGGUAGACACCUGUAAACAAUUUAACAUAUUGAUAUAUUUAUAUUUGAGCAUCAUUAUUGAAUGAAAAUGAGCUACUCUAUACACAAUUUGUAUGAAAAAGAAAAGUAACUUGUAUGUCAAACUAAAGAACAGAUUCAUUCUAUUCACAUUAGUGUCAAGUAGUAUUAUGUGAUCAUGAGUUUGCCUCUUAAGUGUGAGGAUUAGAAGAAACUCAUUAAUAAAAAAAAACUUUACUUGACUGAAUGGUGUGUCAGCAGUCACAGCCCCCCUCCCCCAGAGACAUGGCUAAAAGAAACACUAACAUUAUUACCACAUUCUUAACAGACAAGUUUCAAAUAUUGUACAUGAACCAGGGUGAAGUCUCACAUCUCACAAAAUUGACUUGUUGUCAUGGUGACUAGUUUGGGCUCAGUCCUUUAUUUUUUUUUUUGCUUUAAGAAAUUAUCUCCUUUUGUUGUAAAUAUAUAUAGUUUUUUUUUAAAUAUCUAUAUUUGUACUGAAUGUAAACAAUAGAUGGUCCUCUCUAGAUGUACACAAGUUCAAAUCUCCACAGACCAAUCUUUCUGGUUUAGUUAGAUAGUUCAGCUGUUCAGUUUCUUACAUUUUUUAAAAGUAGCCUGGGAAAAAGGGUUGUCUGGGAAAAAACAAAACUCUUCACCUGGUCACUUGAAAUUGAAGGGGAAAAUUUUUUUUUUUUUUCUCUUCAAUUAGAAAAAUGAAGUUAAAAUAAUUUAUUUCUUUAAUAAUAAAAAUAAAACUUGAAUUUUUAGAGUAGUUGUUUAACUAAUGAAUGAAGACAACUGCAGGUGAUUGUAUCUUUUUGAUUUGUUGGAGAGAUCUUGAGAACUAAUACUUUGUACACAAUGAAAACACUUUAAAAAAAUAGCAAGAAA